GGGAGGAAAGGAACACCUAAAACGGGGAGGAAGAAGCAGAGAGAAUCGAAGAGAAGCAACGACAGCAACCGAAAGAAGGAAGGACGACGGAGAAGAAGAAGAAGAAGCAGCGUUAGUAGGAGGCAUUAAUGGCGGCACCAAUGGCGAUGCACGGAGGCGGUGGUGGGUACCAUCAACCGGCGACCCUAGAAGAAGUUAGAACUCUCUGGAUUGGCGAUUUGCAGUACUGGGUCGAUGAGAACUACCUCAGUUCUUGCUUCGCUCACACCGGCGAGGUGAUUUCGGUCAAAAUCAUCCGUAACAAGUUGACUGGCCAGCCAGAGGGCUACGGGUUUGUGGAGUUCGUUUCUCAUCAGGCAGCUGAGAGGGUUCUGCAAUCCUAUAACGGAACGCAAAUGCCAGGGACUGAACUAACUUUCAGGCUGAACUGGGCUUCAUUCGGGAUUGGAGAGAGGCGUCCUGAGGCAGGGCCGGAGCAUUCUAUCUUCGUCGGGGAUUUAGCACCCGACGUUACAGAUUAUCUCUUGCAAGAGACUUUUAGGACUCAAUAUACUUCUGUUCGAGGAGCUAAGGUUGUGACUGAUCCAAAUACCGGGCGGUCUAAGGGAUAUGGUUUCGUUAAAUUCGGAGAUGAGAACGAGAGGAACCGUGCUAUGUCGGAAAUGAAUGGCGUUUAUUGCUCGACUAGGCCAAUGCGUAUCAGUGCAGCAACGCCUAAGAAGACCAGUGGUUAUCAACAGCAGUAUGCUACCACCAAAGCUGUGUAUCAAGCUCCUACGUAUGCAGCACCUGUCCAGGCAGUUGCAGCAGCACCUGAUACUGACCUCACAAAUACCACAAUUUUUGUUGGUAACUUGGAUCCUGCUGUCACGGAAGACGAACUGAAGCAAACGUUCUCACAGCUUGGGGAGAUUGUGUAUGUCAAAAUUCCUGUUGGCAGAGGAUGUGGAUUUGUGCAAUUCGCGGCUCGACCUUCUGCAGAAGAAGCCAUACAAAGGAUGCAGGGUCAUAUCAUUGGUCAGCAGUCAGUUCGUAUAUCUUGGGGCAAGAAGCAGGACCUUACCGCUACGUGGGGCCAACAAGCAGAUCAGUGGAGUGCUUAUUAUGGUUAUGGACAAGGCUAUGACGCAUAUGGCUAUGCAGCUACCCAGGAUCCAUCACUAUAUGCAUACGCUGGAUAUGCUGGUUAUGCUCAGUAUCCUCAGCAGGUGGAAGGUGCUCAGGACAUGACAGGUGCUGUCCCGAUGGUGGAACAGAGGGAAGAAGUGUAUGAUCCCUUGGCAGCUCCUGAUGUCGAUAAGUUAAAUUCAGCUUACCUUUCUGUUCAUGCUAGUGCUAUAUUAGGUCGGCCGUUAUGGAUGAGAACCUCGUCACAAGCUUAGGUACCAUCCGUCAUUCAGUGUAGUUCAGUUGUAAGGACUGGAAAGAAUAGUACUGUAAUUGCUCCAGUUAUCGUUUGCUGUGCUCAUGUUGUAACUCUAUUUAACUGCUGGUAAAGCUAUAUAUCAAAGGUACUUUUGGCAAGAUGGAUAAAUGUUUGAAAUUGAA